CGUAAAUGAUGCUUAAGUGCACGUUUUGAGGUCGAUUUCAUAUUUGGCUCAGUUAUGGUGUUGGCAUACACUGUACCAGUAACGACUCUAUAUUGAAUACUUUGAAUCAGCCAAGGGUUUUAGUCUAUUAUCUUAUUGGUCAACCCGUGGAUAGAGUAUGGCAUGGAAAUGGAGGUCAGUAACGAAGACAAUUUUUAUGGUGCUUUCGUCUGUCUUCAUGUUGGCUUUAAUAUACAGAGGUUUCCUGGGGUGGAAUACUGUCUUCCUCCUUCCUGCGGAGAACGACAAUAUCCACAUCCGGCCCACUCCAAGGAAUCAGACAGUCGAUAAACGGAUAUAUGACGAUGGUGACACUGGGAAAAUUACACAGGAUAUCACAGGUUCUCAGAAUGUAUCAGCGGACAAAGUGAUCCUGAUGACGUACGGAAGAACCGGGUCCACGUGGUUUGGGCACUUGUUUGACUACAACCCCAACGCUUUUUAUUAUUUUGAGCCAUUCCAAUCGUUAAAGCGACAUCUUGUCAGGAGCAAGAUACUGCGCUAUCCACCUAACACGUUUAGAAUUUUAUCAAGCAAGGAUAACAUACUCCCAAUGAUCACACAGAUUGCAGAUAGUUUUUUAAACUGCAGAUUUUCUGAGGUACCAUUACAGAUAUUAGCCCCAGACCCCCCGACCCAUAUGUCUUUUACAGACGAGGGAAGACACAAGCAGCUGACAUCUUACAAAACAUGCAUCACAUCUGGCAAAGAUGACGCUUCUUGCGUCCCGUUAUUAUUAUCUGCGUGUCACAACGCCAGCAUAGUCGCCUUUAAAACUCUCCGCAUGAAAAUUGAAAUGGCGGAGGAACUACUUACAAAGAACCCGUCGUUGAAAGUUUUGCAUUUGGUGCGUGACCCACGAGCAAUGCUCCUGUCCAUGGAGAAGACGUUCCCCUAUUACAGACAAUUCGAAAACCAACCAGUGGAAGAACGACCUCACGCUGACGUGAAAGGUAUUUGUGGCGCCAUGGAAGACAAUAUCAAAUCUUACAUCAAAUUAAAAUCAAAAUUUCCGGAAAGAAUUCAAGAUCUUCGUUACGAAGAUAUGGUACAAGAUCCAAUGGCCAAAGCCGUAGAGGUUUACAAAUUUCUUGAACAACCGAUGCCCUCAGUGGUUCGAGACUGGGUUCGGAAUAGCACCUCGUCCAAUGUUGACAACGGUCCCUAUGGGACAUCCCGCGUCGACCCAGUUCAGACUGCUUACAAAUGGAUACCUUCAAUUUCGCCAAAGUUUGCUAAGAUGAUCGACGUGGAAUGCAAAAUGCCGAUCCAACAUUAUGGAUAUGGAAAUUUCUUUGAAUUGAAAUUGAAAUACGAUCUCCCUGACAGUUACAGGACUGAAAAGCUGCAUUUUUGA